GAAAAAUGUGCAAUUCUGGCCAAAGGAGUGAUUUCCCUUGUUUUUGCCAUCUUGGAACAGCUUGAUUGGGAGGGGAAAUGCUCUACAUGCUGCUGAAAUGAUGUGAAUUUGGAGGCUUUCACCGAGAAUCAUACAUAGUGGAAAAGAUGCCAUUUUCAUUUUCAACCGCUAGUAAUUUCCUCCGUUUCACCCCUGAAACCUUAGAUGGUAUUAGAAAGAGGCUUGCUGAGAAGAAAGAAAAACAGGAAUCUGGUGAACAGAUUGAAGAGGAAAUUAUUCGACCACAGCUUGAUCUACAAGUUUGCAAAAAGUUGCCUGCUCUUUAUGGGAAACUUCCUCCAUGGCUCAUUGGGGACCCGCUGGAGGAUCUGGACCCCUAUUACAAAACUCACGAGACGUUUAUGGUACUAACAUCCAGGAGGAGAAUCUUUCGGUUUACUGCCAACGAUGCCUUGUUUUUAUUUAGCCCUUUCAAUCCAGUAAGAAGGCUAGCCAUUAGAAUUUCAACACACACCUGGUUCAUUGGGUUCAUAACGUGUGUCGUUCUUGUCAACUCAGUGCUUAUGGCAGUGCAAGAUUUAAAAAAUGCUCAGCAGUAUAUUUUUGCAGGCACUUACACUGUUGAAUUUGCAAUAAAAGUGGUAGCAAGAGGAUUUGUUUGGGAUGAAUUCACCUUCCUUCGAGAUCCGUGGAACUGCCUGGAUCUUUUUGUUUUAAUCAUGACAUACGUAACUUUGUGGGAUACGGCACACGGUAGCAUUUCAGCUCUUCGCGUUUUUAAGGUCCUGAGAACUUUCAAAGCUGUUUCUGUAAUGCCGGGGCUGAAAGUUAUUGUAGAUUCAUUGUUUCAGUCUAUCAAGAAACUGGCAAACGUGAUGCUCCUGACAGUUUUCUGCUUGAGUAUCUUUGCCUUGGUUGGCCUCCAACUCUUCAUGGGCAACUUAAAAAAUAAAUGUGUCCGCCUAAAUAAUACUGAACAGAAAGAUAACAACUGUGUUCUAAAGAAUGACAACUGUGAUGCAGAAAACUUGUCAUACUACUGCAUGAAUUACACUUGUGAACCACUGUUGUGUUAUAACCUCCCAAAUAAUAAAAGCACGUGUCCAGAAUCCUACUUCUGCCAAAAAACUGGAGAAAAUCCAAACUAUGGAUACACAAGUUUCGAUCAUUUUGGAUGGGCUUUUCUGUCUUUGUUCCGACUGAUGACACAAGAUAGCUGGGAAGUCCUGUAUCGCCAGGUUAUCCGGUCUUCAGGGAAAAGCUUCAGCUUUUUUUUCGUGAUCGUCAUCUUUAUGUGCUCCUUUUACCUCUUCAAUUUAAUCUUGGCUGUUGUGAUCAUGGCAUAUGAGGAACAAAAUAAAGUAACGGCUGCAUAUACAAAAGCAAGGGAAUUAUUACUCCAGGAAGCAAAAGAAAUACUAAGGAAAGAACAGGAAUCAGCUGCCCGAAGGCAUGUGUUAUCCUUGGGUGAAAACAUGGAAAUGCCACGCGUAGAAUCCAAUAAAAAGGAAAGAAAAAGCAAGCGGAAGAAGAAAUUAAAAAAGAAGCCCAAAACAUUUGGGGAAGAUGAAACUACAUUUUAUUCAACACCUGAUAAAACCCAAAAGGAGCUGGUUUUCACGGGCAUUUUUAUCAUAGAGAUGAUCCUCAAAAUCAUUGCCCUUGAUCCAUACCACUAUUUUCAGAGGGCAUGGAACAUUUUUGACUUCUUAAUCAUUGUCAUAAGCAUCGCAAGCUGGCUAGCCAGGAUGCCCCUAUCAUUUUUCAGACUGCUGAGAAUUUUCAAGUUAUCCAAAUUUUGGCCCGCUUUGGACAAACUCAUGAAGAUUAUGCUAAAAUCGGUGGGCCCGCUGGGCAACCUCACUCUUGUGCUGAUUUUCACCGUCUUUAUUUUUGCUUUAGUUGGCAUGCAGGGUUUUGGGACCUAUUACAAUACGACUGGGAACAAGUGCUGUGGACCGGCACCCAGUCCCCUCUGUCCAAGUGGGGGCGAAAUGUGCGCGCUGCGUUGGCACAUGAACGACUUCUUUCAUUCAUUUCUUAUUAUAUUCCGGAUUCUGUGCGGAGAGUGGAUUAAUACCAUGUGGGACUGCAUGAGAAUCACCCAAAAAGAAGGAUGGUGUAUCAUUCUGUUCAUGACAGUCUUGGUGGUUGGAAACCUAGUGGUCCUCAACCUCUUUAUCGCUUUGCUGCUGAGUUCCUUCAGUAGCAGUGCUGCAGAAGCUGAGGAAUAUGGAAAGGACCCUCACCUGCAGUUGGCCUUUGCUCAUAUUCGCAGCGGAUUGCAACGUGCCCAACGCUGGCUGUGGGAUCGGUGUUGCAGUGGACCCAUGCAAAAGCUGAAGGCAGCCAGGAAACAGAAGACGGUGACGAUUGCUAUCCACAAUGCCAGCCAGAAGAAGUGUGUCAUUGAGAUGAAGGAGGUUCAAGAAAACGGCGUGGACGACGAGAUCUUCCGAUAUUGGGAUAAGCCAGCCAUCGAUGGAAAACAGGAGGAUUUUAUGCCAAGCUCUAAUAAAUGUGUCUGUGUCCCCCUUGCUGAAGAAGAGCUUCUAAGUGAUGGGGAAGAAAGCACCAUCACGAAAAUAGAUUACAGGAACCAGCUACGACAUAGGAGAGAACAGUACAGAAAGUCAAGAAGACAGUCUUCUCAGAUUUCUGACGUUACUAGUCCUUUGUCUUUGGAUAUCCCCAAGAGGUCUGAUCUUGACAGCAGCAGCUCUGAGGUCAGCUCAGUAGAGCAAACCCCUGUCGUCUGCCUCCCACUUGAAAAGCGGAAAGAGCCGGAAGACUGCUUUCCAAAAGGUUGUGUAAAGAUCUUCCCAGGUUGUGUAGUAAAAUCUGAUACCUUUCCGGGUAGCAUUUGGUGGAGGUUUAGAAAAUUUUGCUUCAGAAUUGUCAAACACAAUUGGUUUGAAUAUUUUAUCAUAUUCAUGAUAUUGCUGAGCAGUUUCACUCUGACUUUGGAAGACAUUUACCUCCGGGAAAGAGAAACCAUUAAAAACAUACUGGGCUGUGCGGAUAUGUUUUUCCUCUACAUCUUCUUUCUGGAGAUGCUUCUGAAAUGGGUGGCCUAUGGUUUCAAGAAGUAUUUUACUGAUGCCUGGUGUUGGCUUGAUUUUUUUAUUGUAUGUGUUUCAUUGGCCUCUCUUCUGGCAGAAGCUAAAUCAACUGGGGAGAAUAUGUGUGACAACCAGAUCUCCAUAAAAUCCCUCAGAACUCUGAGGGCCUUGAGACCACUUCGAGCGUUAUCCAGAUUUAAAGGGAUUAAGGUUGUGGUGAAUGCCCUCAUAGGUGCUAUCCCUUCCAUUGGAAACGUGCUGCUUGUCUGUGUUGUUCUCUGGCUCCCGUUUAACAUCCUAGGAGUAACUCUAUAUGGAGGGAAAUCUGUGCAUGAUAAAGCUGGUCCAGACUGCGACAGCAAAAACUACACCUGGGUCAAUAACACCGUCAACUUUAACAAUGUUGGGAAUGGAUAUCUGGCUCUCCUCCAGGUGGCAACAUUCAAAGGUUGGACAGACAUUAUGUAUGCUGCAGUAGAUGCAUCUAAGGAUGGGAAACCGCCAUGCUGUGAAAGAAAUAAGUAUGCCUACCUCUUCUUUGUGGCCUUUAUCAUAUUUGGAUCUUUCUUCAUGCUGAACCUCUUCAUUGGAGUUGUUAUUGACAAUUUUAACCAACAAAGGAAAAAGAUAAGCGGAGAACUCAUUUUUUUGUCAGAGGAUCAGAAGAAAUAUUACAAUGCGUUGAAAAAACUGGGUAACAAGAAACUACAGAAGCCUGUUCCACGGCCACAAAACUACUGCCAAGGACUUCUUUUUGAUAUCAUAAGCAAGAAGGCAUUUGAUAUUUUCAUUUUAAGCCUCAUUUUCUUAAAUGUGGUAGUCAUGGCAGUGGAACACGAAGGCCAAGGAGAGGAAACCGAGAAACUUCUUUCAAAAAUAAACGUUGUCUUUGUUACUAUCUUUACUGGAGAGUGUCUAAUGAAAAUGUUUGCUUUGCGGCACUACUACUUCAGAGACAGUUGGAACAUAUUUGAUUUUGUCAUUGUGAUUCUUUCAAUAACUAGUUCAGCCGCCACAUCUCGGGCACUGGCAGAAUUGUUCCCUCCUACUCUCCUGAGAGUCAUUCGGUUGAUCCGGAUCAGCAGACUGUUGAGACUCGUGAGAGGGGCCAGAGGGCUCCAAACACUCCUUUUUGCACUACUGAUGUCACUUCCUGCUCUUGCCAACAUUGGGCUCCUCCUUUUCCUGGUCAUGUUCAUCUAUGCUAUUUUUGGGAUGACUAACUUUGCCUGUGCGAAUUGGAAAUAUGGGAUCGAUGACACUUUCAACUUCCAGACCUUUGGCAGUAGCAUGCUUUGCCUCUUCCAAAUUACCACAUCUGCCGGCUGGGAUAGCCUUCUCGCCCCGAUGCUCGAGAACGAUGAGAACAACACCUGUGCUCCCAAUUUACACAUACGCAAUACCACCUGUGUAAACUCAGUUGUGGCAAUCACAUAUUUUAUAAGCUACAUCAUUAUAUCAUUUCUCAUUGUAGUUAACAUGUAUGUCGCUGUCAUCAUAGAGAAUUUUAACGUCGCCACCGAGGAAAGCACAGAGCCUCUCAGCGAUUACGAUUUUGAGGUUUUUUAUGAGACUUGGGCAAAAUUUGAUCCAAACGCAACUCAGUUUAUUACUUACUCGGCACUUUCGGAUUUCGCCGAUUCUUUGGAAGAACCUUUACGCAUCCCCAAACCAAACAACCAACAGCUGCUUGCUAUGGACCUUCCCAUGGUGAAUGGAAAUAAAAUCCACUGCCUGGAUAUUUUGCUUGGCUUUACCAAAAGGGUGUUGGGGCAGUCUGGGGAAAUGGGCCCUCUGGAGUCCCAAAUAGAGGCCAAGUACAUCAAAGCUAAUCCGAAGAAGAUAAGCUACGAACCCAUCAUAACGACUCCCAGGAGGAAGGAGGAGGAAUGUGCCGUCAUUAUCCAGAGGGCUUUCCGGAUCUAUCGACUGCAUGUGCUACAGAAAGCCAACAAUGAGUCUUGUGUGAGUAUCCCCUUGGAAGACAUUGCAGGGGAAGAUGUCUAUGUGUUCAGGCCAGACACCAGUGAAGGCAGUCUGUUAGAUGCAUGUCAGAGCCCAUCUUCUGUGUCUAUUCCUCCCUCUUACAGUCAUGUCACAUGCACCGUUGAGGGCAUUCCUCAGAUGAAGGACACAGAUAGCAGUGAUCACAAGUGAUUUACACAUCACUGUCUCUUUUGGCCCAAUAUAAU